AUGGGCCUGCUGCCUCCAAAUAUGGAAUGCAUGGUGGCAGCAGAGAGCAUGCAGAAGUACAGGAGGCUGCAGUUUGAGUGAGAGGUGCUGUUGGACCCAUGCCGGACCUGGUGCCCGUCCUCGUCGUGCCAGGCAAUGGGUCAGCUGUAAGAGGUGGAGAUGGAGCUGCCACAGCUGGUCCAGUGCUCUGUGUGCAGGCUGGAGUUCUGCUCGGCCUGCCGGAACAGCUGGCAUAAAGAACAUGCCUGCCAGGACAACACCUUCCGACCCGGGGAGACCAGUUCCUUCUACAAGAGCAAUGGCGACACGCCCAUAUGUAAGGUGUACAUCGAGAGGGACAAGGGAUGUGCUCAGAUGAUGUGCAAGAGCUGUAAGCGUACCUUCUGUUGGUACUGGUCUCUUGAAGAUGACCUCCUCCUGAACCACUAUGACAAAGGGCCGUGCAGAAACAAACUGGGCCUCUCCAGAGCUUCAGUUAUCUGGCACCGGACACAGGUGGUGGGGAUAUUCGCUGGCUUCGUGCUGCUCUUGCUGUUGGCGUCUCUCUUCCUCCUUCUAGCCUCAUCCUUCAUUCUGUGCUGCAAGUGUAAAUGCAGUAAAGGGGAUGACGACCCUCUGUCAACCUAACCAACCCCACCCUGGGCACAGUCAUGCCAGCUUACCUGACAGACAGGGGCACCAGGCCUGUUGGUGAACUUGGUGGUUGGUUAGUCAUCCACGCCGUAUGGGUUUUUUGUCCCUCCCACCUGCCCAGAGGAAUCUUAGGGAUCGGUGGAUUGGUCGCUGGGGCAGAGCAGUGCAGGUAGAUGAGGAAUACAGCCAGCAUGUUGGGUUGAGAGGGCACUCACUCUGUGGUUCUGUUGUGAUGUUCCAUGUGUUACGAAGGGCUGGGCCUGCAGAGGAGAGAACCGAACACAGCACCAGUCAAUGUUGGUUGUUACUUCAGAGGGCUUG